AUGUCUGAAAAACAAACCGGGUCAUCAUCAUCGACGGCUCAUCCACAAACCAUCGCCUGCACACAAAGCGGCAACAUGUGCACGGAGGAAGAAGAAGAAAAGAGGUUGCAACACUACUUUCAGAAAUUUUACAAGACAGAUAAACGACAUCGAAUUGAUUUACAGUGGUUUGGGCAUCCGAUUAGCAAUGACAUGAACCGUCCGGUGUUAGUUGAUAUUCUGGUCUCUAGCAGAAAAUUAAAAAACGAAGAAACAUCACCAACGGAAGUACUUUUUAAAACUCAUUCUUAUGAAAUCAAAUUGAUUCCAAACGAACAUUUCUUUGAAUGGAACGGAGGAAGAAAAAGUGGCUACACUGUCGAACUGAAAUUAUUCAAAAAAGUUGUGAACACAAGAAAGAAGAAAGAUGAGGACUCUCAAGACUCUUUCGCAGAACACACUGAUUGUGGAGUUCCUCUUAUUAGUUACACUUUUACAGAAGAUGUUUUCUCUAACACAUGGAUUUUAAAUCUAAUAUGGCCUGACGAGAAAACAAAGAUCUCAUUUAGGGGUGAUUUUUUCUUUUCUGUUUCUGUAUUCAGAAAGGUUGAUGCUGAUACAUCAAGAAGAAUAUUCACACGAGUUUCAAGUAGAUUUAAGAUUGUAUCUAAACCUGGUGUGUACUUAAAUAAGAAGAGAAAAAAGAACGUUGAUGAAGAAGAAGAUGUAGAAGGAGACUCGGAGCUCUUCAAAAAGUUACCGCCACCAUCACAUUUUAUCCCAACAAAUCCUUCAACUACCUUAUUUGCGAACAAUUCUAUGGUCAAUUUAUUGCCAAACAUGGACAUAUCUCACAACUCAUCCCUUGUAAAUCAAUACUAUCAACAGGUAGUGUUCGAACAUGUGGCACAAUCCAACCAGCAUCCAAUAAUUUCAUUCUUCCCACCACCACCAGCAUCAGCUUCAAAUAGUGCUGCUCUUCCAUUUCCACCAAAAUCAUCAACACAAACAAAUCAAUUUUUUGGCGAGCAACAGCAAAAUGUUAUGCAACCUCCUAAAUUUUCACUGGAGAAGACUCAAGAUUUAUUUUCAUUCACACAAGCAUCUCAAUUAGCUGCUUCACAACACACCAGUACACUACUACCAUCACUCUCAGAUCUAGGUAAUUUGACAACACCAAUGAAAACCGAGCAAGAAGAGAAUCCUUUUUCUCCAAUCACACCCAGCACUCCAAUCACUCCAUUAGGUAUCUUUGGAACUCAUCAACCAACACCACAAAAAGGUGUUCUAAGCCUUAAUUUUUCACAAGAGGUUCCAACAAGCAACACUCAAGAUCCUUGGAGUUUCUUCAAUUCUCAAGAAGAGAUCAUGCAAGACUCAAAAAAGGAUGACUUUUAUUACAAAAUGUUAGCCGACGAAAAACGUGUAUAA